GUUGAAUUUAUUUAAUGCAUAAGUAUGGCUUCACUGGCUUCAUCUUUAAUGGGAUCAGUUCUGCAGAAUAUUGUGCAAGUCAACACUUAAAUACAACUAAGUGAGAAUUAUAUGAAGUUCGUAAUAAUUAGUGAAGGGGGGGGGGAGAGAUUUCACCCCACCCCCUCAUCCUUAGCCUUUGUCUGUAACAGUUUAAUUAGUUAAAAUGAAUAAGUAAGAUUAUUGAGAAGUUUCCGCAUGGUAUUCUUAAUGUUCACGGAAGCUUACUGCCGCAGUUGAGAGGAGCGGCCCCAAUAAUCCAUGCGUUAAAAAAUGGAUUGACCGAAACAGGAGUUACUAUUAUGAAAAUUAAACCAAAGAAAUUUGAUAUUGGUGAUAUAUUCUGCUGUGAUACAGUGAUGAUCGGUAAGCAUGAAACGAGACCUCAACUCACCCACAGGAUUGCAGUUUUAGGAGGUGAUCUUCUUGUUAAAGUUCUUGAGGCUUAUGAUGAUUAUGAGGGGCGGGCUCUACCCCAGGACAAUGUAGGCGUGUCCUACGCCCCUGCUGUAAACAAAUCUUAUGCAUUUCUUGAUUUCAACAAACAGUCUGGAGAUGAAAUUUACAAUUUAUGGCGAGGUAUCGGAGAUAUAAUCAAACUAAGAGCAAGAUGGAAGCCGACUAAUACAACAACAAGGUUUGCAAUGUGUAUACCUCCUGAAGCUAUUCAAGAUCUGAAUUUAGAUUCGAAAUAUCCAAAUACACCACCAGGGGGCGUUGUGUUUGUGAAGGCCGGGAAGGGUCGAAGCUACCUGUGUAUCAGCUGUCGGUCAGGUUGGGUCGCCCUCACUGGAAUAUAUUAUGGUGGAAGGAAGAAAAUGGAAGCUAGGGAUUUUGCAAAUGGAUUUAUCCAUCCAGGAGCUGAGCAUUUAUUUAUCAAGGAUUCAUGACACUAAACAGUUUGGGGGUGUUGUUAAUAGAUUUCAUUCUUCUAAAAAACGUCUUCAUGGAAAUACAAAACGACGGCUAUUAUGACAUUCGCUCUUGGAGAUUGAAACUACGGAAGUUUGGAUGUUGCAAUGAUGAUAUAUUUCAGA